UGACUGGACAAUGGUGUACCCUGUAUGUACGCUAACAGUACAGGUCAAAAGCACUAUCGUUUAAACCAGCAGGGUAUAUAAGUGUGCAGUCAGCUGCAGAGGACCAACACACUACAACACAGCAGCUUGAAAGAUUUCAUCUGUCAACCAUGAGGGUCAUCAGCUUUGGUCCAGACCCAUCACUGGCAUAUCGGCCAAACCUGGAGAACAAUGAAAACAAAGCGAAGGAAGACUACAGAAACUUUGAGACUGGAAGCCUAAUUGAACGCGUCUUCAACACAUAUAAGUUGAUGCACACCAACCAAACCCUGGACUUUGUAAAGCAAAAGCAUUCUGAAUGGACCUGCUGCAACCACGCUCAGAUGGGGAUGAUGGAAGUCAUCAUGUCUCUGGACCAGUUCGUAGAUGGGUCUGAUCCUGAUGUGGACUUCCCCAACUCCUUCCACGCCUUCCAGACUGCUGAGGGCAUCCGCCAAGCACACCCGGACAAAGACUGGUUCCAGUUGGUGGGUCUGAUUCAUGAUGUUGGGAAGAUCAUGGCUCUUUGGGAUGAACCACAGUGGGCUGUAGUGGGCGACACCUUCCCUGUGGGAUGCAAGUUUCAAAACUCAAUUGUUUUCAGAGACAGCACCUUCCUGGAUAACCCAGACGACAAAAAUCCCAACUACAAUACUGAACAUGGGAUCUAUGAACCAAACUGUGGGCUCGAGAACAUCCUCAUGUCCUGGGGCCAUGAUGAGUAUCUCUACAGAGUUAUGAAGUUCAACAACUGUUCAAUCCCAGAGGAGGGGUUGUACAUGAUCCGUUUCCAUUCAUUCUACCCCUGGCACUCUCAUGGAGACUACAUGCACCUGUGCAAUGAAAAAGACUUAAAUAUGCUGCCCUGGAUCCAAGAGUUCAACAAAUUUGACCUCUACACAAAGACCACCGAUCUGCCCGAUGUCGACAAGCUGAAGCCUUACUACCAGUCUCUGAUCGACAAGUACUGUCCUGGGAUACUGAAGUGGUGAAACAGAAAACAAAGAAGUCAAUGGUGACACCAUGUUGUGAGAAACUGACUGUUAGAAGGGGUGGUUACACCUGAAGUGAAAUUCAGAAUGAUUUGACAUGUUGUUGCUUUAUAAUAAGUGGACUUAAUAACCUCUGUACACACAUAUCCCUGAAUACACUUCUUUAAAGUUUGAAAAUACUAUCUAUCUAUCGAUAUAUAUAUAUAUUCUCAUGAGAUGUAUAUUUUAUCUUUUGCAUACUGACAAGUUCUUAAAAUUAUUCUGGUGUAUAUAUAAAUAUAACUCCUCAUUGUUACACAUUUUCAAAGAAAAUUUUGAAGCAAAGCAU